AUGAUUCUGUACUUAUUCCUAUUUUCGUAUGUCCAGAGCAUUCUAGCGGGUCCCGGUCUUAUCUCGUCAAAAGAUGUCAUUGACAAGAGUAUGCCUGAAACUGAGACCGUGCUAACCGAUGAGGAUUUCCGGAGUUUCACCUCCCAGAGAGAUAUUACAAAAAUAGGGAUCAAAGUGAAAGAUGAUCCAACUAUGGGUAACAAGAUGGAAGGAGACAUUGCUAUGGAAAAUCUGAAGAAAUUUGUCGAAGACAACAAUAAACUAGGAAGGAACGCUAUUCGGCAGGCAUACAGGCGAUGGCCAAACGGUGAAAUUCCCUAUACGUUGUCCUCGCAAUAUGGCGCAUAUUCGAGAUCAGUGAUAGCGAAAGCAAUGCAGGAGUAUCACGACAAAACUUGCGUACGAUUUGUUCCACGUGACGUCUCUAGACAUGUCGACUACAUUUAUAUUCAUCCCGACGACGGAUGUUACAGUCUGGUCGGCAAGACGGGCGGACGUCAACCGCUUUCGUUGGACUCGGGUUGUAUUCAAGUCGGUACGAUUGUGCACGAGCUCAUGCACGCUGUCGGUUUUUUCCAUGAACAAAGCAGACAGGACAGAGAUGAAUACAUUGAAAUAGUUUGGCGCAAUGUGCAAAAUGGAGCAGAUGAUCAGUUCGAAAAGACCCCUGCUAUGACGAUAAUUGGAGAUGUCGCUUUUGGUCGUUGUUCACUUACUGCAACGACUACGAAGAGAUCAAAUAUAUUGUUUGUCCUCUUUCCUGUGGAGCAUGUAUACCAAGAAAGUACGGGAAUAAAAGAGCGGAUCGAUGCGGUUAACCUAGCGCAGCGGAUCACAUCUUCUGACGGUUACAAUGUUGAUGUACUUCGUAGGCCAGGUCUUAUUGCGCAGCGAGAUUACGCCAAGGUGGAUGACUCCAAAAAGAUCAAUUUCUGCUUACUUUUGUAA